AUGUGUCAGUCUGGAACUGGAAAGACAGCUACUUUCUCUGUAGCUAUUUUACAACAAAUAGACACUAGCCUAAGAGAAUGCCAAGCUUUAAUAUUAGUUACAACAAGAGAAUUGGCUCAACAGAUUCAAAAAGUGGUAAUUGCUUUAGGAGACUAUAUGAAUGACCAAUGUCAUGCUUGUAUUGGUGGAACUAAUGUGCAAGAAGAUCUUUGUAAAUUGGAAAUGGGUGUGCAUGUUGUUGUUGGCACUCCAGGCAGAGUAUUUGAUAUGAUAAAUAGAAAAGCUCUUAUGAUUUACUGCGAGGGGAAAACCGUUAUGUCAAUGGUGAAGCAAAACAGGGUAUUCUAAAUCUACUUCAAGUAUGUAUUCUAUUUCAGAUUCUGAAGAAACAUUUUUAAUAUUAAAUUUGUUGAUUUUGGUUUGUCGUAACCAUCAAAAUUCACCAUAUGGGAGAUAUUGAACCACACUCAAUCCAUAUAGAGUAUUGCUAUCAAUCAUCACUUUAACUAUGAGGUUUUGAAUUAUCAUAAGUAUGAGAUAUGUAAGGAAUGUUUGCUGACUAAAGAUAAUCCUCGAACACCAAAUUUGAUAAACAGGUACUGGUAACAGGUAAAAAUCAGUAAAUAGCUCUAGUUUUAUUUUAGCUAUUUUUAAUCCUGCAAUAAAUGUAAGAUUUGAACAAUUUAAAAAUGGAUCAAGAUUGUAAUACUUUUACAAAUUUUCAUAAUUUAUCAUUAAAAUAUCUGCAACUAAAAUUGUAUCAACAAAUUGAUAUAAUUGCAAAUAGUCUGAAAAUUUACUACAAUUAAAAGUUUUCCAUAAAAGAUGAGCUAAAUCAUAAUCUUUGAACUUAUGUAACUUCUAGUUAAAUCAUAAAAACAUUUUUUAUCAGGUAAAGAAUUAUUAUUUAGUUUUUGAAAUAUUAAACCAAUUAUGUGGAAAAAAAAUUGAUUAAAAAUUAGAAAGUCAUAAUGCAAAUUUACUAAAUUGUCAGACUAGAUCAGGACGAAUUUAAAAAGUGAUAACUCAAAAAAUUUAAAACAGUCUAAAGUAUAUGUCAGACAUGGGCAAAUUCAGCUCUUUGAGUUACAUGCAGCUCUUGCUGGGUGUUAAUUUCUGCUUUUUAUUUUUUUUUUUUUUACAAUUUCCACAAUUUUAUGAAAAUAUGUUUAUUAAAAAAUUCAAUAUUUGUAUUAAAUCUGUUUUGAAUUUCCUCCUUUGUAUUCAUUUUAGCAAUGCAUAUAUAAUACUGUUGUUGAAAUUCUUUAAUUUCUAAAUUAUAUUCAUGAGAUAUAUACACUGAGUAUGGGUGGGAUUGAUUUAUAAGACUUUGUCUUUUAAAAUAAUUAAAUAAUUUUUUUUUCUUCUGAUGUUAUGUAUGUUUUUUGGCAAUUUUCGUUUUUUAGAAGUGAAUGGAUUAUCAAUUACAUUGAUUGUGAAUCUGUAAAAGAUGAAUAACUAUGAAAAAAUUAAUAAUUUAAUUUUCUUAUUUAAAAAACAAAAAUUUAGAGAGAUUAGACAUUUUUUUGCUUUGAUUAAGAUGUAGAGAGAGAGAGAGAGAAAAGUCAAUAAAGAACUAACUAAUGAAACUAAAGAUUCUUGUCUACUCCUCUUGCCUUUGUAUCAUUUGCUAAUAAUUAUAGUAAUAAUAAAAUGGGAGUAAUAAACUUGAUGUAGGUCAGUGUUUCUCAACCUCUUAUCGAAUUGUCACCCCUUCAAUAAAACCUUUACAUAGUAUCACCUUUUUCACUACAAAAAACAAUUUUGUUGGGUUUAUUAGUUUAAAUUUUUACAAAGUAUAUAAUUAUCAAAUAUUUAUUUACUCAGAAUAUCUAUUAGAUUUUGAUAUAAUGAACAAAAUUAAAUUUAAGCAUUAUUUGCUGUGAAUCCCCGCUGCAAGCUUCAAAACUGAUGCCGAGGGCUGAAAUUCGUAUUGCAUUGAAUACACUAGUCACUAGUAUAAUGUUCAUUUAAUUAUUGUACAAUAUAACGAAUAAAAUAUCUAAUUAUUCUUAAUAUAAUGUUUUACUAUAUUGGCUAGAAAAUUGUUUUUUGCCCCCAAAAUGAAAAUUGUUACUAAUCGCUCCCCCAAUAUGGAAAAAUGCCUACAUGGGGUGAGAUCACCCUGUUGAGAAACACUGAUUUAGGUUAAAACAAAACAAUGAUAACCUUGGAAAGCUGUAUUAAUAAAUCAAAUGUUAUCAAGUGGGUCGUGUCAAGUUUCUUUUGACUUUGGAUUGUAAAAAAUGCAGGAGCAAUGGGAAAAGUAUAAUCUUGGAAAGCAAUCAUAUGCUAAUAUAGUAAUUUAAAAAAA